AUGCUAGCGUCCGACGGAAGCCGGGAACCCACCGACCAUGGCAAUGGAAAAGACGGCAACAAUGUUUUGGGCAUCGUUGAAGCAAAUGUCCUCCAGGAACGCACCAUUGGAGUAUUCGGCGCUGUCUCGUUAGUGGUAAAUAAGAUCAUUGGCGCAGGCAUCUUCUCGACGCCUAGUACCAUCUACAAACUCUCAGGCAGUGUCGGCAUGUCACUGAUGUGCUGGGUCAUUGGCGCCAUCAUCUCAACCUGUGGUAUCUUCGUCAUGCUUGAGUUUGGUGCUGGCAUCCCAAGAUCCGGAGGAAUCAAGAACUAUCUCGAGCGAUCGUUCCAUCCGCGAUUGAUGCAGACAUGCAUUUACGUCUUCUACUGUGUUUUCCUCCAAAUCUCCGCGAGCAAUGCCAUAACGUUUUCUUCGUACAUUCUCGUUGCCGCUGGGGUCGAGUCGACGACGUGGAAGCUUCGUGGCGUCGCAAUAGCAGGGGCCAUCUUUGCCGUCGGAAUGCACACUGUAAUCCCACGUGUUGGGCGAGCCUUGCAGGACCUGCUUUCUGCCGUCAAGCUGUUUACUCUCGCUUUCAUCGUCUGCUGCGGCUUCGCCGCGCUCGGGGGUCAUCUCAAAGUUGAGAACCCAGGCAACUUUUCGAACGCGUUUAAAGGCACGUCUAGCAACGGAUACAAUAUUGGAUCUGCGAUUCUGAAUGUCAUUUUCUCUUUCCAAGGGUAUGACAAUGUCAAUGCUGUAUUAUCCGAGGUCCGUAAUCCGCAGAGGACACUUCGGAUAGCGCUUCCCCUGUCUAUGGGCGUCAUAAGUGUUCUAUAUCUACUUGCAAAUGUUGCCUACUUUGCUGCCGUGUCCAAGGAAGAGUUCUUGGCAGCCAAGGUCACAGUUGCAGCAACCCUCUUCAAGAACCUCUUCGGCGAAUCAGCAGGAACCAAAGCCCUUCCAGCACUGGUUGCGCUCUCCGCGCUUGGUCAUCUUCUUGGAGUUGCCUUCACUGUUCCGCGAAUUCUGCAAGAAUUGGCGAAGGAUGGCGUUCUGCCUUUCUCAAACCUCUUUAUGGAGAACAGACCGUUUCGAACUCCAAUUUACAGUCUGAUACUUCACCUGGGCGUCACUAUUCUCUUCAUCUGCGCUCCACCAGCGGGCGAUGCUUUCACUUUUAUUGUCAGCUUGUCGACGUACCCGACGACUGCUUUACUUACAGCGAUCACGGUUGGAUUGGUUAAGUUGCGCCUUACUAAAAGCGAAGACUUUCAAUCUCCGCUCCGCGCUCCCUGGGUCCUUGUCGUCGGCUACUUGGCAGCCAACAUUUUCCUCCUUGUCAUGCCUUUUGUCCGUCCUCCCAAUGGCAAAGGUAGCACUUCAUUGCCAUAUUGGCUUUCCUCUGUUGUGGCGUUGGGGAUUCUGUCAUUGGGUAUUGUUUACUAUGUGUGUCGAUUCGUGCUGACACCACUGGUGUUUGGAUAUAAGAACGAAAAGGUCCAGGUUGAACUAAGUGACGGGUCAAAGGUUACUAGAUUUAAGAAAGUGGCCGGAGCAACGGAUCAGUAA